AUGUGGAGAAGAAAGCAAGAAACAAGGAAAGGCUAUUGGGAUGAUGAGGCUUUUGAUGCAUUUAUCAAAAUUUGUGUUGUUGAGACAAUAGAUGGAAAUCGAUCAUGUGGCCAUUUUAGUAAGAAAGGAUGGAAAAAUGUUGAGAAUCCCGAAGCAUCAAAAUUUCGAACAUGUGGAUUGAAAGAUGCUGAUCAAUUAGAUAUUUUAUUUAGGGAUAUUGAUGUCACGAGUGAUGGAGCUUGGGCAACAUCACAAGGUUCUGUACAUGAUGUUGAGAAUGUACUACCUCGUCAAACAGAAAAUAGUAAUGAAGAUGGUGACUAUAGCUUGGAGAAUGGUCUGGAGUAUAAUGAUGGGCUUGAUAAUAUUGAUGAUGUUGAUACUUUCCUAAUAUUGAAACUUUCCAACAAGAUAAAGCACGAAAAGAAAAAGGGAUGCAUUGAAGAAGUGAUGCAAGUUGUAGAAGGCAUACAUAAAAUUGUUGAGGAUGAUGAGGUUUUCGUGAAAGCUGCAUAUGUCUUGACUGAAAGAAAGAAUAGAGAGAUGUUUGUUGCAAUGAGGCAAACCAACCGACAAAUUAUGUGGCUUAGGAGUGCAUAUGAUUUGAAAGAAGUUGGAGAUAUACUAGUAGUUGAGGCUCCUCAUCAUUUUAGGUCAUGGGUUCACUUAUAG